UCGUUAGUUUUGUUUAUUAUUUAGUUAUUUAGUAAUUUAUAUUAUUACAGUUUCAAAUAAGAAAAAAACAUAGUACUUAUUUUAUAAUUAUAAAUAAACCGCACAGGUAACUCAAAUUGAUGUAAUCUGUCAAUAUGGUUGUGGAUUUAUUACGGCCGGGUUCUACGCCUAUUUCACAAGACAAGAUACGAUUUUUCGAGUUUUUGUUGGACCAAAAACUUUUAGAAGAGCAUUUACGAUACCCUAACCCAGAGCCCUCUGCCACUGACUUGAUAGUGGAAUUCCUGUCAGUGGACGUAAGCAAUGACAUUCGGGACGGUCCAGCCACUUUUGACCAUGUGUCCAUGUCACCGUUGCAAUCUUUGCAUAGCUCUUGUCGACCAAAUAUCUCAAGAAAGCAGCUUGCCCUUAAAGUACUGGCUCUAAAAGUUGCAUCCUCCCUCAAUUGGAAUUUAGAUACUUUUGAAGCUAAACUAACACCUUUUAUACAACGGCAACUACUGCAGGAUUUGGUCUUUAUGGCAGCCGAUGGUGCAUUCUCUGUUCCCCCUCAGGAGAUCUCUAUAAAUAUAAUACAGAAGCCACAUAUGCAGUUUGCAUUGACUUUAUAUCAUCGAUGGAUCUUAAGGUAUCCAGCAAAAGCAGCCUUCACAGAAAAAUUUGCAAAGCUCCCGUUUAUGCACUUCCCUAGUAUACCACUGGAAAAAACAUAUCCCCCAAUGAAUUUAAACAUGGAGAAAAUUUUGAAAAUGAAUGAAAAUGACUGCAUUCAAAGCAUAAAAUAUUUAGAGGAAGUUAUCGCAUAUUAUGAUUCUCAUGGAAACAUAAAUGAACCAUUACAAAUCAGAGUCCCAGUUAUGGACACUUUCACGCAUAUGACUGAAGAUAUGCAUAACAUGGUGCAUAAUUGGGAUGCCGGCAGUGUUUAUGUUAGCCAGUAUGAACUAUUAAUGCAAAUUCAUUUUGAUCUCUGUUACAAUUACUUUUUCUAUGGACAUCAUGAGAAAGCUAAGAAACACAUCUUGGGCUGCAGGAAAAACCAGAAAUUGCUUGAAUAUGAAAAGAGUAAGGGAUAUGGUCAUGGGCAGUAUGAUAAAGUCCCAUGGGGAAACUUGAACUAUGCAAGUGUGUCAGAAGAUGACAUUUUGGGAUAUAUAAGAGCUCUCAAUAUGGGUCAAGAUUUGUUGGAUGAGGAUAAGUUUUUGUUACAAAGACUGCGAGAAUCAGUAACUAAUGAUUAUAAAGGCAUAAUUGCUAUUUUCCAAGCUGACAAUUUAUCUAGAGAAAUACCAAUGAUACAUAGACAACUUAUAGAGCUUGAUAUACAAGCUGCUGCUUCAACGAGCCCUGUAUCAGUACCCAAAGACUUGAUGAUCCGCGUGUCAGCUUUAAACGCAGUUAGGUAUACUCUUGAAGGUGGAUUACCUUCCACUUUCCCAGAUUUUCUAAAUAAAUUGAACACGGUAGGUGUAAAAUUUUUCGAUAUACUCUUUUGGGCAUUAGCUCCGGUUUUGGUGUCAAAUUUAUCAGAAGAUGACUGGAAUAAGUUAAGGAUGUUUUUUCUACAUUUAGCCACUUCGUCUCAAUGUAGAUUGCCGAUAGAUGGAAUAGAUGAGUAUUUAGAGAAGCAUGUAGGCGAUCGCGCUUCGGAAAUCCGAACGAAGCUAAUUUGCGAGGAGCAUUUGAAAGCUAUAAUAAUAGAUCAGAUCAAUAUCGAGGACAAAAAUAUGGACAUACCUUGCGAGUUGCUCGCGAACAGUUGGGACACGACUGAUUUCGAAUACAAUGCACCUGAGUUGGAUAUAGGGCGGCUGAAGAAGCGGCUCGUUGAAGCAUCCAGUACUGAAGACGUGCGAAUCUGCUUGGUACAAUUGGCGACUAUGUCGCCCUCAUUACCGCUAUGGAAGCAUAACCCCUAUUGUAAGCCAAUUGGGAACCUGAGAGUUUCGCUAGCAGCACUGCCGCGAGCGUUCCUGCAGGAUUUUUGCGCGGUGAUGUCUGGAGCGGCGCAGGCGCGGUUGGAAGCAGGCGACGCACGUUCUGCUCUCUCGCUCUUGUCAGAAAUCGAAAGUGAGGCGCGUAACCAACUGGCGGAUGACAACGAUCCUGUUCUCUUCGGGCUGUGCCGUGCGCUAGCUUGGGAGAUGCUGCUGCUGCAGGUCAACCUGCUACUGUCGGAAUGGCCGCACCAUCGGCUUAACGCCACGGUGCUGACCAACAAGUGCAAGGCGGCCAUCGCCGCUGCCGAUAGCGAUGCGGACGCUCCGCGCUCACAGGUGGUGCUAGGAGCUCGGCUGGGUCUUUUGAACAUGUGUGAAUGGGAGCUGGGUGCGAAUGCAGGCGCAGGUGCGGGUGCUGACGCGGCCGCUAACGCCGCCGGUGUAGCCGCCGCGCUCUGCGCUGCGUGUGCUGAGCUGCAGCGCGGCAAGGGCAUGCGUAAAUUGCCGCGACGGCUGUGGGAUCACGUUCUGAACACAUUCAACAACUCAAUCGGCUGCCAGAAGCGUUUAAAACACACAAGCCAUCACCUCUCGCUAAAUUAUGCGGACCACUGUAUCCAGAAUCUCCGCCCAUACGACUUGGUUGUCCAGGGGUUAAGAGAACCGCUCGCAAUCAGCGUAGUUCUGUCGCUUCUCGCCAAAAUAUAUAAUGUUCUUGUGGACGACCCUUCCAUGGAACUUGUUGUGGAAUACACAGAGCUCUGGCCGAAUAAUAUUGCGAAUAUUAAUAGUUAUAAACCCAGGGAUGUUUUGGAGUCGCUGAUUGAGCUGCUGGAGAGGAGUUUGAAAUUGUACCCCUAUAAUAGUUCUUGGUUACGAUUGUACGGCGACGCGGAGAUGGCAGCGGGUCGGCACGCCGCCGCGCUCCGGCGCUACCUAUGCGCGCUUUCCGUUGGCUCACAACACUUCGCAACUCGUGCGCCCGACGAAGACGGUUUAGUGAGACGGGCAGCGCGCUGUUGCCAGACGCUGGCCGCGCCGACCCAGGCCGCCGCGCUGUGCCAGCUGCCCGGGGAGCCUGACUACACGCGCGCGUUCAAGUGUCUCACCGAGAAGAUUGCCAACGCGGCUGAUUCGAUGGACGCUUACUACGGCUGCCUAUGGAACAACACGUUACUCGAAGUUUCCAUAGCAACACACGCGCGGCGCGGCGAGACAGGGCGGCGAGCGCGCGCCAUCACCGCCAUUGGGGCGCUCGAGCUCAACGCCAACAACAGUGAUGAGAUACAGCGUGAGGCUGCUGCCGGUCGACGAGCGAGGCUGCUCCGCGCUCUUACUGACCAGUAUGUCUGCUAGUUUUCGGCGCGUAUUAGAUAUAGCCGGUCAAACAAGUUUGUCAGUAGAAAGGCGCGAAAUUCAAAUUUCCUACGGGACGAACACCCUUCGCGCCUUUUUUUUUUAUUUUUUUUAUUAGACUAUGUGUGUGUCCCACUGCUGGGCAAAGGCCUCCCCUCUUCCUUUUCAAUCCUCCCUGUGCUGAGCAAGAUCCCGCCAAUUCCGCUGGAAUGCAUCCAUCUCUUUCUCGGUCUGCCUCUGCCUCGACUACCCUGGGGAUGCCAGCUAGUGGCUAUUUUGGCCCAUCGCGCCUACAUGUUUUAAAUUUGCCGCUCUUUUCUACUGACGGAAAUUGCUUGCCAGAGUAUAUUACAUCAAUGUAUGCCUGGUGUAUCGAAGAAGGGCGGCGCGAGCUGUACUGCAACUGCCUCGCAGUCUACCUACUAUUGGAAGUUAUGGCAAGUGGAUUACAACCAUUUACAAUAAACUUUUUAAUCGAAUAAGUUUCGCUUAUUUUUUUACACAUUAUUUUACUGUUAUUAUUACCAUAGACCAGCGGUCGGCAACCAUUUAGCACCCUAGGGCUACAUAGUAGUUAACGAAAUUGACGCGGGCCGUUUCUUGCCGACCACUGCCAUAUCUUUUA